AUGGCUCUUGAUGCAUUAAUGAGGGAGCAAGCUAUUGUUCAAGGAAAUUCAUCUUCCAUUCGAGCAUUUGAGCCGAUUAUCGAUUCCACUGUAGCAUCCCCAGAUAUUGGUGACAUAAUCCCUGAUAGAAAGGUUGAUUCUAAAGAACUUGUUGAUGUACCAGACAAAGAAGUACAAUCAAUUCUCGCUCAUAUGCCUUAUAUUCGACCCUUAAAAUUGUGGACGCAACCAAAGGUAUCGCUGCAAUCGGUUGUCAUUCCACCUGUACCUUUUCCACAAAGAUUCAAGAAGAAUGAAAAUGAUAAACAGUAUCAGCAGUUUCUAAAUACAAUAAAACAACUGCAGAUCAACAUUACUUUAGUGGACGUUCUGGUACAAAUUUCGAGUUAUGAGAAAUUUAUUAAAGACCUCUCUCCCAAGAAGAAAAAAAUCACUCAUGUUGAAACUAUUGCACUCACAGAAGGCUAUAGUGUUGUCUUGACAAACAAGUUACCCCCUAAAUUGAAAGAUCCUGACAGUUUUACCAGUCCAUGUUCGAUUGGAAAUCAAUAUUUAGGCCAAGCUUUAUGUGAUUUGGGAGCUAGCAUCAACCUCAUGCCACUAUCUACUUUUAGAAAGUUGGGAAUUGGUCAUAUGAAACCCACUGCAGUGACAUUGCAACUGGCAGAUCGAUCUUUAGCUCAACCUGAAGGGAAAAUCAAAGAUGUUUUAGUUCGUGUGGAUAAUUUUUUUCUGACUGAUUUUAUCAUACUUGACUGCAAAGUAGACAAUGAGAUUCCCAUAAUCUUGGUACGACCAUUUUUAGCCACCGGUCGAAAUCUCGUUGAUGUUCAUAAAGGAGAACUAACUGUGGACUGA